UGUGAUGGCAAAGGGCAUGGGGGCACGGGCCGGUGCAAAUAAUCCCCGGCAUAGCCAGUGCCUGCAGUUUGUGCCAAGCAAACCACCAAAGGGCAAAAACAAGAAACGGAAAACCACAAGGAGAAAUUUCACGACGUGAGGGGAGGAAAAUCAGGUGGGAUUUAUAAAUCAAAAUACAUAUCAACUUGACGUUGGGGUAGGUAGACGUUGCCCCAAUAAGGAUCGGCGACACUACUGGAAUUUAGUUUCGGAGCUAAGAGCUGGUUUGUUUCUACAGAUCUUGCCUCACAGGUUAUAUCUCGGGCGGUAAGAGCUGGUUUGUUUCUACAGAUCUUGCCUCACAGGUUAUCUCUCGGGCGGAAUGGACCUUAUCACAGGAAUAGAUACUGUUAAUCAGCCCAGAGGAAUGGAAGAGGGCCAAACGGACCCUGCUAAUCCUAUCAGAGGAAUGGAUGCUGCUAAUCAUCCUAGAGGAAUGAAAGAAGGCCAAAUGGACCCUAAUAUUCCUCCUAGAGAAUCGAACACUGGUAAUAAUCCCCGAGGAAUGGAAUCGGGGAGCGGAAUGGAACCUGCAAUUCCUCCCAGAGCAAUGCCCACUGCUGGUCAUCCUGAAGGAAUGGAGUCGGGACAGGCAGCUGCUAACUGGAUGCCCCACCAGUCUGGAACAGGGCGGUGUCCUGCUUAUCGGGUAACCCCUCAGUCUGGAACUGUUUAUAAUCCUUCAAGAAAGGAAUCUAUAAUGCCCCCUCAAUCUGGAACUGUUGAUAACCCGUCAGGAAUGGAGUCAGGACAGUUUCCUACUGAUAGGAUACCCCAGCAGUUUCGUACAGGUAACCCACUGGGAAUGGAGUCUGCGCAGUCUCCUGUUGAGAGAAUCCCAGUCGCUGAUCCACUUCAACCUGCUCAUCCUCCUAUGCCUUCUUAUAAUAAUAUUUAUGAUCAGUUUUCAGCUACAGAUACGAACGCAUUUAGGUUUCUAUCUGACACGAAUCGUCAGUAUCCUAGAAAUUAUAAUCUUCCUGGAAGAAUGGCCACAGAUCUGUUGAGUGCUGCGAUAUCCGGGAAUGUAAAUGAACUUCAGAGGUGUAGGGAACGCAGGCUUAACAUUCUUUCUCAGAAGACACCGGCAGGAGAGACAGCUCUUCACAUGGCUGCUCGUAAUGGGCAUCAGAAAUUCGUUGAAAAGCUGCUCGAAUUGCCGGGAGAAGAUGCAGAGGCUAUGACCCAACUCGAAUUCGUGAAAGCGAAAAAUAGAGAAGGUAAUACAGCUUUGCACGUAGCGGCCGGUAAAGGAUUUACUAAGAUAGUGCAAAAAUUAUUGGCUAAGUAUAAGGGUCUGGCUCAUGAGACCAAUUACUUGGGUGAAACGGCCCUAUUUAAUGCUGUUGGGGGCGGCCAUGCCGACAUUGUCAAAGAACUGCCGACUGUUAUGAAGGGGCGCGGUGGCGAGACCCCGCUGCAUCUGGCAUUCGCAAAACCAAAUAAAGCUGUGCUGGGAGGCCAUGCCGAGAUUGUCGGAAAGCUGUUGGGUCACAGUAUGAAGAGGCUCGACGGCAUGACCCCGCUGCAUUUUGCAUUCGCAAAUCCAAAUAUACAUGUGAUUGAUGAGCUUGUUGCGCACAUACCUGGACUUGUUCAAGAACCAGAUAACUUCGAUAGGGUACCAUUACACGUUGCUGCACAUUGGCCAAUGCCAAAAUCACCACCUCCUAUUUAUUUAAUGAGAGAACGUAGAAGGUACAGAGAUCUGCGUCAAAUCUACAAAAUGCUUAUAGAAAAAGACAGAUCGGUGUGUUACAUGGUGGACCAAAACACAUAUAAUCCAUUCCAUGCAGCAGUUAUUUACGGUAAUGCAGCAUUAAUGCGUGAGAUGCUCCAUCAUUGUAGUGAUUGUUCAGACAUGGUAACCGGUAAUGGUAGCAAUCCUCUCCAUUUGGCCGUGUAUUGUGCAGCACAAAUAUUUCGUAACCUGGGACAUAAUUUCCGAGAUGUCAUGGAGCAGUUAAUGGAGGAAAAGUUCAUUAACGCCACGAAUGUCAAGGGACAAACUCCAUUAGAUAUAGCAUAUGACUUGGAACCCUCAGAUCCUCAACUUUUUAAGGCUAUUCAGAAUCUCCUGAAAAGCCAUGGUGGCAUUACAAACCAAGGGAAUCGCAUUCUUAAACCAGGUGAACUGCCUGAAGGCAGAGUAUCAGAAUGGAGUAGCAACAUCAUAUCAGUAAAUGCAGUGUUACUGGCGACGGUUGCUUUCCAAGUUGCUUUCACCUUGCCAGGAAAGCACGAUUCAGCGGACAUAAACUCCCCAAUCUUUCAAGUGCUGGUGCUAUUUGAUGCUUUGGCAUUUUGUUUUUCCAUUGCAUCUGCACUUCUCCUUGUUUAUUCUCUUUACUAUAGCAAAAAUGAAGACCCUCUUCUGACUGAUCUGAGCAUGAACACAUUGCGGGUAGCCUUGGUGUCAACAGGGAUGACAUUCGGUGCAGCCAUACACAUGGUAGUGGCGUCCAAGUGUUUAUGGUUGGCCGUGAUUGUGUGGGUGAUGGUAUGCUAUCUUCCUAUAUGGAUAGUACUGCUAUUUUUCCGAGGAAAAGCCCACUUGGUUGGGACUCGCAAAAGGCACCAGUUCAUAAAGGAGGCGCUAGCAUUUGUAUCGACCUUGUAUGAACCCGUGCGUCCAUUGGUGAAUGAGUUCAUACGCGCCAUAAACUUCAUACGCGUCUCCCUGGCUAAGAAGGUGCAUCAACCAUGACAUAGAGGUACAAUUUAAAAUUUAUUGGGAUUCACCUUCUUAAAAACAUCUAGGGUACUAUCAAAUGCAUUUUGUAUUAUGUACAUGAACAGUAUCGAUAUAUUAUUCUUAUGAAUAAUAUUAUGCUAUAACAUUUUUAUAAUAAUAUUUGAUGUUUUAAUUU